AUGGCUUGCUUUCAUGGUGGCUGGAGUGACUGGAGCGAGUUUGGUGACUGCAUUGGUGACUGUGGUGAAGGUGCCAAGGAGUCGACGCGAACUUGCACCAAGCCAAGACCAGCACAUGGUGGUAGACUGUGCGAUGGACCAAGCACGCGAACAGCACCCUGCCCGUUGAGGGAAUGUCCAAGUGGUAGCAAUGGCUGGGGACCGUGGGGCCAGUUUGGACCGUGCAGUGCUGCGUGUGGUGCUGGAGGAAAGAUACGAGAGAGGCCAUGCCUGAAGAAACGUGCCGACAACAGCUACAGUUGUGUUGGUCCUUUCCGAGAGGAGCAUUACUGCAUGGGAGAGUGCCAGAGUGGACAGAUUGACUGCUCUGCAGUGGUGAAACCUGCCGGUGAUAAUGCUGGCUCUGCAUCUGGUGAGGAAGGCUCUGGUAGUGGCAAUGAUGCUGAUGGCAGCGGCAACCGUAAAAGGAGAAGUGCGCACAGUGGCUACUCACAGUGUUGCAUUGCCAACGACCUCGCUUACGACGGGAAGGGGAAAUGCUGCCCAUUGGCGUGUCCAAUAGAUGAUGACGAUUGUGAACUGGAGAGCAGCGCAUCUGGAGAACUUGGAUCGGGUGCCAGUGGCAGUGGAGACGGUGGCUCGGGCCAAGAUGGCUCAAGACGCCGCAGACGCUCUGCUGGAGGUUGUCGUCCGAUCAAGGACUGGAAGAGCCGCAGCAAGCGCAGCGCCGAUCUACACGAAAUGUUGCGGGAGAGAAGGACAAAAUUACCGGGGCACCCAGUCACUAUAGAGCGUACUAAGCGGCACCCGGAGAGUGUGGAUGAGGAGUUUGAGGAUGACGAUUACUUCGUAGCCAACACACACUGAGCCACAUCUGCCAAGAAGCACCAUACCCCUGCCACUGAGGACUCCAUUCUUGACUGCAUCCAGUUCCCAAGGCCUUUCUAGUCCUAGCUGUAGAUUCAUCGAGUCAGCUUGUUUCAAUCCUUUGGGAAACAUUAUCACCUACAGCAGUCUGGUGCAAGUGCUCUACUGGAUUCAGUUGUGGGGCAAACAGUUAGCAUACAGACUCCUUCCACCACGACCAUAGUAUGUACUUGACCAGAACCGAGCAACACAUUUCACUCACCAUGUAUAUACACAAAACAUUGUACUUAUACAUGCGAGUGUAUGCGUGUUUGUGUUCAUGCUCGUACAAAUCCUAUCUGGCUGCUUUCGCAGGAAUCAUCUUAUGACUAGUUCUUCAACAAAUUGCUCAUUAUGCCUCUGAAAGUGGAUACUGGCAGAAAGAAACAAUAUCUUCCUUAUUUUAUCUCUCACAGCAUAAUUUUGUGUUUAUGGAAGCCUAUUAGGAACUUGAAUAUUCUACUCUACUACUAUUCUAUUCUAUAAGUUUGUAUAACUAUUCUUCAGUUCCAAUGUUGUAAGAAGCACCAGCAACUAUACCCAUUGCCCAAUCA